AUGACUGAGCAGGAUGUGGAGAAUGAGCUCUUGGACUAUGAGGAGGAUGAUGUGGGAGAUCUGUCAGGAGAGGAUAUUCUGGCCAUUAAGAAGGAGCGUGUGAAGGGCUCCUAUGUGUCCAUCCAUUCCUCUGGUUUUAGAGACUUCCUGUUGAAGCCUGAGCUGCUGAGGGCUAUAGUGGUCUGUGGCUUUGAGCAACCUCUGAGGGUGAGUACAAGUUAGGUUAUAACCACGGGCUGCACACCACAUCACAGAGAUCACAGAUCUGGGUCGUAUUCAUUAGUGCACACUAGCAAAAUGGUUUGCAACGGAAAACGCUUUACGAUGAAUCUGAGUGUUUCUCAUUGGUCAUGUAGUUCAGAUAGGUCCCUUUCUGUUUUGGCCUGUUUGGUUCCUAGUGAAUACAUCCCAGCUUCAAGCCAAAGUGCCACGAUUAAUCAUGUCAAAGUACUGUAUCAACUUUCAAACUAUAAUCAGGAAGUAAUAGCAUCAUGAUUUGGUAUAUUGGGUUUUUGAUUUAGUCACUUAGUUGAUUAUGAAGUAAUUACUAUACCAUUAUUAUUUAUUAAUAAUUUUGGAUGACUAUUUCCCUUUCAGUUCAGCAUGAGUGCAUCCCCCAGGCGAUCCUGGGGAUGGAUGUGCUCUGCCAGGCUAAGUCUGGUAUGGGCAAGACGGCCGUGUUUGUUCUGGCCACCCUACAGCAGCUGGAGCCUGUCACUGGACAAGUAAUCUCUCUCUCUCUCUCUCUCUCUCGCUCUCUCUUUGCCUCAGCUCUCUCUUUGCCUCAGCUCUCGCUCUCUCUGCCUCAUCUCUCGCUCGCUCUGCCUCAUCUCUCUCACACUCUGCCGCUCUCUCACCUCUCUGCCUCAUUUCUCUCUCUCGCUCUCUCUGCCUCAUUUCUCUCUCUCUCUGCCUCAUCUCUCUCUCUCUGCCUCUCUCUCUCUCUCUCGCUCGCUCUGCCUCAUCUCUCUCGCCUUCGCUCUUGCCUCAUACUCUCUCGCUCAGCUACUGGCCUCAUCUCUCUCGCUCGCUCUGCCUCAUCUCUCUCGCUUGGUCGCGUCAUGCCUCAUCGCUCUCUGGUCCCGCUCUGGCCUCAGGCCUCGGCUCUCCCUCGCUCCUGCCUCAAUCGCUCUCUCGCUCUUCCUCAUAGCUCCUCGCUCUCUCGCUCUGCCUCAUCGCUCUCUCUCUGCCUCAUCGCUCUCUCUCUCGCUCUGCCUCAUCGCUCUCCGCUCUGCCUCAUCUCUUUCUCGCUCUGCCUCACCUCUAUUGCUCUCUCUCUGCCCUCAUUUCCUCUUCCUCUUUUACUUCUUUGCCUGAUCCCCUAGGUUGCUCUUUCCUGUGUUUUUUUUUCCCCGUUGCCCAUUUUUUUCCAUCCCUUUUUCUUCCCAAUCUUUCCCCUCCCCUUUUUUUUCCCCCUUUUUCCCUGGGGUUUUCUUUCUUUGGCCGUAUUCCUUCUGUUGUUUUUCCCCCCUUUGCCCAUCCCUCCCCGGGGCCUCAUUUCUUUUUUUCCCCAAAAACUUUCCCCCUUUAUCUUUUUUUUUUUUUGUACUUUUGUAUUUUUUUUGCCUUUUUUUUUUUGUAUUCCUUUCCUUCCUCCGCGUUUGUAUUUUUUCCCGGGCUUUUUUUCCCCCCCCCUUUUCCCCCCCCUGCCCCUUCCCCCCCGCCCCACCCUUUCCCCCUUCCUUGUCCUCUCUCUGUACUUCUCUCCUCGCUCAUCUCCCCCCCUUUCCCCUUUGCCUCCCUCUUUUCCCCCCUUUCCCUCUUCCUCUUUUUCCCCUCUGCCCUUUCUCCUCGUUUCCCCCCUUUUUCCCCCUCCCUCAUUUCCUCUCGCCCCCCCCCCUUUUCUCUCUUCUCCCUCUGCUCUCUCUUUUGCCUACCCUCUUCUCUUUUUUCCCCUCUCUUCGGCCUCAUGCUCCUCCCCUUUUCCCCCCUUUCCUCCUCCCCUACGUCCUUUCCUCGCUUCGCUCUCUCUUUCCCUCCUUUUCCCCUCCGCUCUUUUUCCCCCUUCCCCCCUCCCCCGGCUCUCUUUCCUCAUCGCUCCCCUUCUCUGCCUCAUCUUUUUCCCCCUCUCGCUCCCCUCAUCUCUUUUCGUCGCCUACCUUUUUUUCCCCCUUUCCCUAUUCUUUCUCUCGCUCGCCUCUUUCUCCCCCUGCCUCUCUCUCGCCCCCCCUCAUUUUCUUUGCCAUCCUCUUCUCCCCCCCCUUUCUCCGCCUCUCCCCGCUCUCCCUCUCUCUCCUCUGCCUCAUCUCUCGCUCUGCCUCUCUUUUCCCGUCUGCCUCUCCUCCCUUUUGCUCUCCCCCUUCCUCCCUCCUCUCGCUUUUGCCUUCUCCUCCUCCUCCUUUUUCCUCCCCUCUCCCCCUCUCCUCCUCCUGCCUCUCUCCUCUCGCCUCCCCCUCCCCCCUUCGCUCCCCUCCUCUCUCCCCCACUUCUCUCGCCUGCCUAUCCUCUCUCCCCCUUUCCUUUCCCCCUUUCCUCCCCCUUCUCCCUCCUCUUCUCUCGCCCCCCCCUUUUUCUGCCUCCCCCUUCCCCCCCUUUCCCCCCCCUUUUUUCCCUUUCCCUCUCUCCCCCUUUUCCUCUCUCUCUCCCCCCCCCUUUUCUUCCUCGGCUUCUUCUGGCUCUCUCUCUUUUCCUGCCUCUCCCUUUUCCUCUCCCUCAUCCUUUCCCCCCCUCCCUCUCUUUCCCGCCUCAUCCUUUUUUCCCCCCCCUCUCUCUCUGCCCCCCCUUUUUCUCUCCCCUUGUUUCUUCCCUCUCGCUUUUUCUCUCCUCACCUUGCCUCAUCUCCCCUCUCCCUCUUUUCUGGGCCCCCUCAUCUUUCUCUCCUUGCCUCAUCUUUUCUUCGCUCUGCCCAUCUCUCUCCUCGUUUUUUUCUCUUUUUCGCUCGCCCACCCCCCGCCUUCCCCCUUUCUCUCGCUCUCUAUGCUCUCUCCCUCUUUCCCUUCCUCUCCCCCUCUCCUCUCCUACCUUUUUCGCUCCCCCCUUCGCUCCUCUCCCCCCUUGCUCAUCCCCCUUUCCCCCCUUCUCCUUUCCCCCCUUCUCGCCUCUCAUCCUUUUCCCUUCCCCCCCUUUCCCUUCUCGUCGCCUCAUCUCCCUCCUCUGCCUCAUCCCCUCUCGUCCCCUUUCCAAAAACCCUUUUCCCUCUCUCUCCUCCUCUUCCUCUCUUUCUCUCCUCUUCCCCUUUUUUUCCCCCUCCUCCCCCUUUCCCUUCUCUUUUCUCUCUCCCCUGCCUCCAUUCUCUCUCGCUCCCCCCUUUUCCCCCCCUUUCUUUUCGUUUGCCUUUCCUCUCCUUUUUUUUUUCCCCUCCUCCCUCUCCUUUCUUCGCCUCCUCUCCCUCCCUCCCUUCUCUCCCCUUUCCCUCUUCUCUUCGGUUUCUCUUCCUCCGCCUCUUUCUCUCCUCUCUGCCCCCUUUUUUCCCCUCUCUUUCUUCUCUGUUUUUCCUCCCCUUUUCCUCCCCUUUUCCUCCUUUUCCUCUCCUCGCCCUCCCCCUCCCGCCUCUCCCUCUCUCGCCGCCCCCCGCUCUCUCCUCUCCCAUUUCCCCCUCCUAUGCCCCUCCCCCCCUCUCUCUCCGCUCGCCUCAUCUCUCUCGCCGCCUCAUCCUCUUCCCCUUGCCUCUCUCUCUCUGUUUCCUUCCCUCUUGCUUUUUUCGCUUUUCCUCCCCCCGCUCUCUCCCUUUCUGUUUUUUUCCCCCCCUCCCUUCUCUCCCCUCUCUUUUUUUCCUCUCUCUCUCUUUUGCAUUUUCCUCUCUUUGCCUCUCUCUUUUCCUCCUUUGCCUCUCUUUUCCCCUUUUUCCUCUAUUUUUCCUUUUUUUUCCCCUUUUUUCCUCCUUUUUUCCUAUUUUUUCCCUUCUCUUCUCUCCCCUCUCUUUCCUCUCCCCGUUGCCUCUCUCUCUCUGGUCUCCCUCCUCUUCGCGCUUCCCUCUCUCUCCCUCGCUCUGCCCUUCUCGUCGUUUCCCUUCUUUCCUGCCUUACUCUCUUUCCUUCCUUCCUUUUUUCCCCCCUCCCUUUCUCUACCCUUUUUUCCCCUGUUCCUCUUUUCCCCUUGUUCUCUUUUCCCUUCUUCUCUCGCUUCUUUUCCCCAAAUUUUUUCCUUUCAUUCCCUUUUGUAUUUUCUUUUUUUUUUAUUUUUUUUUGUUUCCCUUUUUUUUUCCCUUCCCCUCCCUUUUUCCCUCCUCGCCCCUUUCUCUCCCCCUUUCCUCUGCUUCAUCUCUCUUCGUCGCCUCCCCCCUUCUCCUUUGCCCUCUCCUCUUUUCGCUCAUCUCUUUUUGUUUUUCCGCUCUCCUUUCCUCUCCCUCCCCCCCUCCCUCCCCCUUCUCUCCCCUUGCUCUUUUCCCCUUUUCCCUACUCCGCUUCAUUUCCUCUCCCCUCUCUUUUCCCCCCCUCCCCUUUCCCCCCUCCCCUCUCCUUCCCUCUCCUUUCUCUCCCCUCUCCCUCUCCUUCUCCCCUCCUCCUCCCCCUCUCCCCCUCCCAUCCUUUUGGGCCUGACCCCUUUCUCGCUCCCCCUUCCUCUCCUCUGCCAUCUCUCCUCGCUUUUUCCUCACCCCUCCCCCUUCCUCUUUUCCUCCUUUUCUCUCCCUCCUAAAUUUUUCCUUCUCUCUCUCUCUCGUCGCCUCUUCUUCGCUCGCCCCUAUUUCCCGCUCACUUCUCCGCUCUCCUCCUCUUCUCCCCGCUCUUUUUUUCUUCUCGCUCGGGCCCUCAUCUCUCUCUUCGCUUGUUUUCCUCCUCUCGUCUCUCCUUCUCUCCUUUUCCCUCUCUUCGCCCCCCUUCUCCCCUUCUUCCCCUCUCGCUCUGCCUCUUCUCUCCCUCUUCUCUCUCUCCCCCUUCUUUCCCCCUCAUCGCUUUUUUCCCCCCUUUUUCCCUUUUUCUCUUUUCCUCCCCUUUCCCCUCUCGCUCCCUCCUCGCCUUCUUCUUUUCUUUCCUUUUUUCCCUUUUUUCUGCCUCCUCUCUCUUUUUUCCCUUUUCUCUUCCUUUUCCCCUCUUCUCUCUCUCUUUCCUCUCUUCUUUUUCCCUUUCUCUCUCUUCCUUUCUUCCCUUUUUCUUUUGUUAUCUUCUCUCCCCUUCCCCUUUCUCUCUCUUUUUCCUCUCUUUUCCUCUCUCUUCCUUUCUUCUCUUUUCCCGCCUAUCUUUCCUCUUUUCCCUCUCUCCUCUCCCCUCUCUUUUUCCUCUCGCCUCUUCUCUUUUUUUUUUCCGGUUUCUCUCUUCUCCUCGCUCAUUCUCUCUCUCCUUCUCGCCUCAUCUCUCUCUCUCUCUCUCGCUCUGCCUCUUCUCUCUCUCUCUGCCUCUUCUCUCUCUCUCGCUCGGCCUCUUCUCUCUCUCUCUCUCUCUCUCUCGCUCGGCCUCUUCUCUCUCUCGCUCUCUCGCUCGGCCUCAUCUCUCUCUCGCUCGGCCUUAUCUCUCGCUCUCUCUCUCUCUGCCUCAUUGUCUUCUGGACUGUUUAUAGAGCUAGUAUUGUCAUAGUCUUGGUCCAUUAGUAGCUGUGAAGUACUAAGCUUUAUAAUGCAUUAACUACCCAUCCUGCCCACUUCUCGCUUUGUUUAGGUGUCAGUGCUGGUGAUGUGCCACACCCGAGAGCUGGCGUUUCAGAUCAGCAAGGAGUAUGAGAGAUUCUCCAAGUACAUGGCAACUAUCAAGGUACACAAUGUUAUUACCUCCCUGACCCUCUUAAGUCUUGAUAAUAACUGCACAGUGUUUCACCGCUGGUUUUGUCCCAAUCUCUCUCACCAGGUGGCAGUGUUCUUUGGUGGCCUGUCUAUAAAGAAGGACGGGGAGGUGUUGAAGAAGGAGUGUCCCCAUGUGAUGGUGGGGACGCCGGGGGCGACUCCUGGCCCUGAUCCGCAACAAGACCCUCAACCUGCGACACAUCAAACACUUCAUCCUGGACGGGUGUGACAAGAUGCUGGAACAACUUGGUGAGUCUGAAUCAUUGAAGAUUGGACAGCAGACCGUUAACGAAUCAUAAUAUGCCAUUUACAUUUACAUUUUAGUCAUUUAGCAGACGCUCUUAUCCAGAGCGACUUACAUGAGCAAUUAGGGUUAAGUGCCUUGCUCAAGGGCACAUCGACAGAUUUUUCACCUAGUCGGCUCGGGGAUUAGAACCAGCGACCUUUCGGUUACUGGCACAACGCUCUUAACCACUAAGCUACCUGCCGCCUUUUAUCCAAAGCGACUUACAGUCAUGCGUGCAUAAAUUUUUGUGUAUGGGUGGUCCCGGGGAUCGAACCCACUACCUUGGCGUUACAAGCGCCGUGCUCUACCAGCUGAGCUACAGAGGACCACAAUCUCUUUCACUAUUGAUUCAUCAUCUACCCCUAUUUACAGUCUAGGAGACCUAACUACAUUUACAAAUCUUCAUUCCCUCCCUCCUUUCUCCCUCAGACAUGCGCAGAGAUGUCCAGGAGAUAUUCCGUCUGACCCCCCCCCAUGAGAAACAGGUCAUGAUGUUCAGCGCCACCCUGAGCAAAGAGAUCCGCCCCGUCUGCCGAAAGUUCAUGCAAGAUGUAAUUACGCCUCCUCCUGCGUCCACCACGCCUCUCCUUAUUUUCGGACCUCCACCCAUCCCCCUGUUCUGCCCUGCCUGGUGGAACGGGGGGAAGAGGGGGGAGGAGGAGUUACCCCCACGGCCCCCGGAGUCUGACAGGAGAGAGACAGCGACGUCUUUCUACACUAUAAAGGGAAGUGUCAGCCCACUGACAUAGUAAGGUCACUAACUCGGUACGCUAAGACAUUGCGGUAGUAGUGUACUGGAUCACCUUUCACCAAAAUGCCAUGCGUUGUGGUAACGGAGUCUCCUUUAUAGACUAGCUUGUGCUGUCGAACUGAAAUGUACGCAGUAUAUCUUAACUUCAUGACGAAGUUAAACACUGUCAGGCAGAAAUAGGCCCCGUUUUUUCAGUCUGUACGUUACGAAUCUGACCUCCCCUGAUGUCACUAUGCUGACGAGCCUAUGCAGCAUUCGUUUGAACGACGCUUUCGUUCAAAGGCAGUUAAACAAUCUCAUAAUCUAGCCAAGCAAAAACUAUUUGUCACGGCCAACCUCCCACCUUUUAUUUAUUAAGGAAACUGUUUUACCAGGCUGGCAUGAGUGAGUACGCUCUGCUCCAAGCUGCUUGUAAAAAAAAAAACAACAGCUCACUGCACUAUAGUUAAUAGAAAGGGUUCUCCCUGGAGCUGUAACCGCUCAUUUGGCAAACGACAGGUACAACUCAGAGGAGAAAAGCCUAAUUAAGCUAAUGUAAAGAAGAAGUAUCCCAAAGAACCUCAGUCAAACAAAUAACACAAGCCAAGACAAACGAAGAGGAACACUGACAAGGGCCAAGCUGGGAGAGGAAAAUAAGCUGCCUGUCUCUCUGGGCCACUGUAGUUCGUUAAGUAGAAGCUGCCUGUCUCUCUGGGCCACUGUAGUUCGUUAAGUCGACGCUGCCUGUCUCUCUGGGCCACUGUAGUUUGUUAAGUAGAAGCUGCCUGUCUCUCUGGGCCACUAUAGUUCGUUAAGUAGAAGCUGCCUGUCUCUCUGGGCCACUGUAGUUCGUUAAGUAGAAGCUGCCUGUCUCUCUGGGCCACUGUAGUUCAUUAAGUCGACGCUGCCUGUCUCUCUGGGCCACUGUAGUUCGUUAAGUAGAAGCUGCCUGUCUCUCUGGGCCACUGUAGUUCAUUAAGUAGAAGCUGCCUGUCUCUCUGGGCCACUGUAGUUCGUUAAGUAGAAGCUGCCUGUCUCUCUGGGCCACUGUAGUUCGUUAAGUAGAAGCUGCCUGUCUCUCUGGGCCACUGUAGUUCAUUAAGUAGAAGCUGCCUUUCUCUCUGGGCCACUGCAGUUCAUUAAGUAGAAGCUGCCUGUCUCUGGGCCACUGCAGUUCAUUAAGUAGAAGCUGCCUGUCUCUCUGGGCCACUGUAGUUCGUUAAGUAGAAGCUGCCUGUCUCUCUGGGCCACUGUAGUUCAUUAAGUAGAAGCUGCCUGUCUCUCUGGGCCACUGUAGUUCAUUAAGUAGAAGCUGCCUGUCUCUCUGGGCCACUGUAGUUCGUUAAGUAGAAGCUGCCUGUCUCUCUGGGCCACUGUAGUUCAUUAAGUAGAAGCUGCCUGUCUCUCUGGGCCACUGUAGUUCGUUAAGUAGAAGCUGCCUGUCUCUCUGGGCCACUGUAGUUCGUUAAGUAGAAGCUGCCUGUCUCUCUGGGCCACUGUAGUUCAUUAAGUAGAAGCUGCCUGUCUCUCUGGGCCACUGUAGUUCGUUAAGUAGAAGCUGCCUGUCUCUCUGGGCCACUGUAGUUCAUUAAGUAGAAGCUGCCUGUCUCUCUGGGCCACUGUAGUUCGUUAAGUAGAAGCUGCCUGUCUCUCUGGGCCACUGUAGUUCGUUAAGUAGAAGCUGCCUGUCUCUCUGGGCCACUGCAGUUCGUUAAGUAGAAGCUGCCUGUCUCUCUGGGCCACUGCAGUUCAUUAAGUAGAAGCUGCCUGUCUCUCUGGGCCACUGCAGUUCAUUAAGUAGAAGCUGCCUGUCUCUCUGGGCCACUGUAGUUCAUUAAGUAGAAGCUGCCUGUCUCUCUGGGCCACUGCAGUUCAUUAAGUAGAAGCUGCCUGUCUCUCUGGGCCACUGUAGUUCAUUAGUUUCCCAACAAAGUGGAAUUGCCUAGGUCCGCUGAGCUGAGCCAAAAUGGCUCCAUUACCUCUUUGUCAGCCAGUCUGCUAUUAAAUGGAAUUGAGGUAACUGGAGAUAGGCGAUUAACCCUGUAGGAACAUGAGGCCCGUCUCACAAGGGAAAAAUGGCCACCAUUCUGUCCCUAAGCUGCUACCCAAGCAUCAGGAUGCCUUGGUAAUAAAUCACAGACAUGAACCAUCGUCUAACACACUGUACAGACAGAGGCAGUAACAAGGCAGAACACCCUGAUGUGAAGAAAGGAGAGAGAGAGAGAGAGAGAGAGGAAUGGUAAUGAGGAAGAUCGACGCGGGAGGGAAGCGAUGAAGAUGUAGAGAGAAAGUAGAGGGAGAUGUGUGACUAGAUGGAGACGGUACACAGAGCUGUCUCGUGUUGCCGUGAAUCUAGAAUCGAUGAGGUAACUCUGAAACGCUUGGAGAGCGAGCCUGGGAUAGAAGAGCAUUGCAGUCAUAUGAAAAAUAGACCGAGCAGAAAAACUGAAAAGGAAAAUCCAUCUCUCUAAAACUCUUCGCCUGGUAACAAAGGCAGCACCAUUUCCUUAGUACAGCCCGUCAACAUGUUGAUUCUAAUAGUGUUUUUAUUUGACACAUUCCAACUACAUGAUCAUGGAUAUCAGACACACAACUACACACUGCAUAAACCCUCGUACUCUCACAAGCAUCCAGGACACGCAUAAGGAAAUAUAGACAAACACACACGUUAACAGAAGCAGCAUCUUCAAACACAUAGGCUACAGUUGGACGGACUGACUGACUGACUGACUUGACUUUGAGUGAAUGACAUACGACAGUGACUGGGAUUGAGAGGACAGACUGAGUGAAUGUGAGACGACCGCAAUAAUAAACUUGAGGAUAAUUUAUAUUAAAUGUCAUUGAUGUAAUUAGAUUGAGUUGUACAGCCCCACAGUAAAUGAUGUCCCUGAUUGAUCAUGAAGCCCAUCUAAUUGACAGAGAUGGUUCCCUCCAUUGUUUAAUUAGACACAGCUGAUGCCAGAGAGACAGAGUCAAAGUGGUGGAUAGAUGAAUGUGAUGUGAAGAUUAAUCGCUCUUACGUCAAGUGGAGCAGCCAAUGAGGGCUUUUUGUUUUAGUGGACAUUAGAGCGUUAAUGUAAUGCUUGUGGUUACAGUUUACAAUAACUUGCCAUUUCGUCUGAUCACUACGGCUUUUCAUUUGACAUUUUGCUUUUUGCAAGUGUUGUGUGGAUAGUAGUGACUAGUGAGGGUGAGCGAUGUCUGUCUGUGUUGCAUCAGUAUGUGAAUUGGUAUCCUGUGUGUGUGUGUGCGUGCAUGUCUGUCUGGCUGGUUGUGUGAACUUCAAACCUUUUGGCGUCCAUCUUAACUCACCAUCCCUUCUGUUUCAUGUCUCCCUGAUCCACCACUACCUCCUCACCCUAACCACUGCUCUCUGGGAACCCUCCACUCCCUGUAUUCUUCCCUUUCCCUAUCCUGAACAAGUAUCAAUCUACCUUAUUACUGUUUAUAUGAACACGCAACUCCUCUAUCCCUCACAAACCUGGAUCAACCAUUCAAAACCCUUCACAACUCGUCAAAUCAAAUGCCCUGUCAACCCACCCCCUGUUAACUCUCCUAAAACAUCCACCUUCCCUCCUUAACCGUACCCUUUCCCAACCCCCACUGUUAACGCUCCUAAAACAUCCACCUUCCCUCUUACCGUCCCCUUCCCAACCCCCCGGUUAACGCUCCUAAACAUCCACCUUCCCUCCUACCGUCCCUUCCCAACCCCACCGUUAACGCUCCUAAAAACAUCCACCUUCCCUCCCCAUACCGUCCCCUUCCCAACCCCCAGGUAACUCUCCUAAAACAUCCACCUUCCCAUCCUACCGUCCCUUCCCAACCCCCCGUUAACUCUCCUAAAACAUCCACCUUCCCUCCUACCGUUCCCCUUCCCAAACCCCCAGUUAACUCUCCUUAAAAACAUCCACCUUCCAUUACUACCGUCACCCUUCCCAACCCCCCGGUUAACUCUCCUAAAACAAUCCAACCUUCGCCUUCCUACCGUCCCCUUCCCAACCCCCCGUUAACUGCUCCUCAAAACAUCCACCUUCACUCUACCGUCCCCUUCCCAUUAUCACCCACCGUUAACUCUCCUAAAAAAUCCAACCUUCCCUCCCUAACGUCCCCUUCCCCAAACCCCCCGUUAACUCUCCUAAAACAUCCACCUUCCCUCCUACCGUCCCCUUCCCAACCCCCCGUUAACUCUCCUAAAACAUCCACCUUCCCUCCUACCGUCCCCUUCCCAACCCCCCGUUAACUCUCCUAAAACAUCUCACCUCCCUCCAACCGUCCAACCCCUUCCCCAACCCCCACGUUAACUCUCCAAAACAUCCACCUUCCCUCCUACCGUCCCUUCCCAACCCCCCGUUAACGCUCCUAAAACAUCCACCUUCCCUCCUACCGUCCCCUUCCCAACCCCCGUUAACGCUCCUAAAACAUCCACCUUCCCUCCUACCGUCCCCUUCCCAACCCCCCGUUAACUCUCCUAAAACAUCCACCUUCCCUCCUACCGUCCCCUUCCCAACCCCCCGUUAACUCUCCUAAAACAUCCACCUUCCCUCUACCGUCCCUUCCCAACCCCCGUUAACGCUCCUAAAACAUCCACCUUCCCUCCUACCGUCCCCUUCCCAACCCCCGUUAACCUCCUAAAACAUCCACCUUCCCCUCUACCGUCCCCUUCCCAACCCCCCGUUAACGCUCCUACAACUCUCCUAUCCCCUACUCCUUCCAACCCCCGUUACUCCUACUCACCUGUCCCUACCCCCUUGCUCCAACCCCUAACGCCGAUAAACAUCUGUUUGUGCCAUCCCAGACCCUAAGUCUAGAACCCCACGGGCCUGCUAGUGACCCUACUCAAACUGAAGACUCACGAAGAACAUGCAACCUUUAGUCCCUCAGACGUGUGAGUCUAAAACAGUACUGCAAUGCAUUAUGUCUUCAACCCCCGGUAACUAGAAAAUUUGAGUUUCAAUCAGGUUAGGACAUUAAUGAUGACUGUCCAUCAGGUACUGAAUUAAUCCCUGAUGUUAAUCAGGUACUGAAUAAUAUGAUUUCAACAGUACUGGAAAUUAAUUAUAAUCUUCCCGUGGACGUUCAAUCAGGUACGGAAUUGAAAUUAUGAUGUUCAAUCAGGUACUGAUGAACACCCGUUAACGUCACUAAAAUGAAUUUUGUUCAACCCCGUUAACUUAGUGAUUUCAAUAGUACUGGAAUAAUUUGUGUUAAAAGGUACUGGAAUUAAUCUAGAUGUCAAUCAGGUACUGGGAAUUAAUUUGAGUUCAACAGGUACUGGAAUUAAUUAUGAGUUCAACAGUAUGGAUUAAUGUGUUCAAUCAGGUACUGGAAUUAAUUAUGAUGUUCAAUCAGGUACUGGAAUUAAUUAUGAUGUUCAAUCAGGUACUGGAAUUAAUUAUGAUGUUCAAUCAGGUACUGGAAUUAAUUAUGAUGUUCAAUCAGGUACUGGAAUUAAUUAUAAUGUUCCACAGUGGAGUUCAACCAGGUACUGGAAUUAAUUAUGAUGUUCAACAGGUACUGGAAUUAAUUAUGAUGUUCACCAGGUACUGGAAUUAAUGUGAGUUCAAGAGGCACAUGGCAGGAGAAACUGAGGAAAAAAGGAACCACUAGCUGGGAAAGUUUUUGUAUGCAAAUAGUGUGUUUAGUCAGUGUCUUAGUUCAACCAGGUGCUGUGUUUCAUGUUCCACCGUGGUAAAUAACAGCAGGAAAUUCAGGGAAAACAUCAACGCUGACAAGACAAGUCAAAUUUGGAAUAUGCAAAUGCAGUGACUAGUCAAAUCUAGUGUGUGUAGUCAGUGUGUUGUUUCCACAUGGUUCGAAGUCAGUGCAGCGCUGUGUGAUCUCUGGCCCAGUGUGUGAAGUGAUAUUAUUGUAUAUUAUAGGUGGUGAUCUCUGGCCCCAGUGUGUGUCGUGCUAUUCUUGUCCUAUUAUCGGUGGGUGCUCUUUGUUGAAAGUCGUGCAGCGCUGUGUUGGCUCUGGCCCAGCUGUGGUUGAGCAGAACUUUCCGGCUGUCGCCAUCCACCGCGGGAUGCCCCAGGAGGAACGGUGUGUGUGUGUGUGGGGGGGGUCUGGUUCUGUUUCGUGUGUAUUAUUUUGAACAUUAAUACUAUAAUUGUUUGAUCUGACAUGGUCAUUACCCAUCUUUUUAUAAACUAAUCCCACCCCCUCUUCUCUUUCUCCCCAACCUCCUUCCCCAGUCUCUCUCGUUACCAACAGUUUAAAGACUUCCAGAGACGUAUCCUGGUGGCCACCAACCUGUUUGGCAGAGGGAAUCGACAUCGAGAGGGUCAACAUCGCCUUCAACUACGACAUGCCAGAAGACUCUGACACUUACCUGCACAGAGUAUGUCCCGUAGACUACUGAAGACUGUCCAGAUGAGCAGUUCCGUGCCUCGCCUUCCUCAGAAGUAUCCUCUCAAACGCGCCGACGCUGAGGUUAUUUUGUCAAAGGCCUCUUGUUUGUCCGUCUUACCGGUAGCAGCCGGGGUCAUCAUACGGUUUACUUAGUUAUAAAACCCUCUUAAGUUGUUUGUGUGCCGUCUUACUCAGGUUGCCAGGGCGGGCAGGUUUGGCACCAAAGGCGUGGCCAUCACGUUUGUGUCUGAUGAGACGGACGCCCGCACCCUUAACGACGUCCAGGAACGAUUCGAGGUGAACAUCAGCGAGCUGCCCGACGAGAUCGACAUCUCAUCUUACAGUAAGUGCUGCUUAGUUCCGGUCGGUCUUGGUUAUCAGUGGGUCUAGAGUAAAAGGAGUGGUCUUUGCUGGUCAUCUGUUACUUUAUUAGGAAAUGUAUUAUGUUAGAAACAUCUAUAUUUUAUCAGUGGAGUAUAGAAUAUUAUCAAGUGAUUCGGUGAAUAUUCUGCUUUAAUUUGUCAUUUUUUUACCUCUGUGCCCUCAGUUGAACCGACCCGGUAA